GACCACAGCAUGUACUACAGUACAGGUAAUCUCUCACUGCGUUAGCGUGUGCUCCGAUUUCCCUUUUUGGGAGGAGUUACGCGUCGGCGACGAGUAUCUCAGUUCAGCACUGUAUCAUCGAUUUGUACCACCCGCUUCUCAAUUCACAUGUCCUCAGCUCCCUCCUCUGAACCUCCAUCAGACCCUCCUGCAGGUGACAACGUGCAGAAGCCAGAUGCACCACAGCAACCAGAAGCUUCACCUUCUCCAGGGCAGGAUGGCGUUGAAAUGGACAUAACGCCAGAUCAACCCGCAGAAGAGACUUGGGAUGACAUUCCAGAGGAGAUAAAGGCUUUGACAACAGAGGAGAUUUUGACAAGAAUACGGCUAAUUGAUAAUGACAUCAAGGUCAUGAAGUCGGACACCCUACGAUUACAACAUGAGCAAAACGUAAUGAAGGAGAAGAUACGUGAUAACGGGGAGAAAAUUAAGCAAAAUAAAGUCUUGCCGUAUCUUGUUGGAAAUGUAGUAGAGAUCUUGGACGUUGAUCCUGAAUCAGAGGAGGACGGGGCAAACCGCGACUUGGACUCAAUGCGCAAGGGCAAAUGUGCUGUUGUGAAGACAUCCACUCGACAAACUGUUUUCCUCCCUCUUAUAGGUCUUGUACCUGCCGACCAGUUGAGACCUUCCGACCUUGUCGGUGUUAACAAAGACUCCUAUCUGAUCCUCGACAAGCUUCCGACUGAAUAUGAUUCACGCGUCAAGGCAAUGGAGGUUGAUGAACGUCCAACAGAAACCUACACUGAUAUUGGUGGCUUGGAGAAGCAAAUUGAAGAGUUGGUCGAAGCCAUCGUUUUGCCGAUGGAGCAGGCAGACAAGUUCAAGACCUUGGGAAUAAAACCACCGAAAGGUUGUUUGAUGUACGGGCCACCAGGCACUGGGAAAACUCUUCUUGCCCGUGCAUGUGCAGCGCAAACAAAGGCUUGCUAUCUCAAGCUUGCCGGUCCUUCACUUGUCCAGAUGUUCAUCGGUGAUGGCGCUAAGCUUGUUCGCGACGCGUUUGAACUUGCCAAAGAGAAAGCACCUGCAAUUAUCUUCAUUGAUGAAUUGGACGCUAUUGGAACAAAACGUUUCGACUCAGAAAAGAGUGGUGAUCGUGAAGUGCAGCGAACGAUGUUAGAAUUGUUGAACCAGCUUGAUGGUUUCUCGAGCGACCAGCGAAUCAAGGUCAUCGCAGCGACAAAUCGGAUUGACAUCCUUGACCCCGCCCUUCUCCGUUCAGGUCGUUUGGAUCGUAAAAUUGAGUUUCCACUACCAAACGAGACAGCUCGCGCCCGUAUCCUAGAAAUUCACUCACGGAAGAUGACUGUCAGCCCAGACGUGAACUUUGAAGAGUUAGCGCGUAGCACAGACGAGUUUAAUGGUGCUCAGUUGAAGGCGACUUGUGUGGAGGCUGGUAUGAUCGCCCUGCGCGAGGGUGCUACCAAGCUUGGGCACGAACAUUUCCUAAGUGGGAUCGCUGAGGUACAAAGCAAGAAGAAGAACAAUUUGAUGUACUUCGCAUAGGUCGCCUUAUCGAUUCAUUCUGUUGUGAUAGAUUCGAUUAUCGCAUUCAGAUUUUCACCCAUGUCACUAUCAUUAUUUCCAUUGCCAGCUUUGUGCCAUACUGAGGGGGUGCGAGUGCACCUCCUGUAAUACUGUUGCUCUCGUCAGUUACUUGACUGGGUGGCUGCUAACAUGAUGUUACUUGUUCCUGGACUCCUUGAGCUCGAUGUCGUGUCACGCAGAAAUCCUUUCUUGGUUUCCCAUAAA